UACUCGCGGUCAGCGGCAGCCGCCUUUAUGGUGACUCGCUGCGCGGGGGCUGGCACUGGGGAACACCUUAUUUUAAGAUACGCGCUAUAAAUACCGCACCUGGGAUGGGAGCGGAGCUACGGGUUGCAGCGGGCGGCGCGGGCUCCCGGCGAGGCGGGCGGCGGCGGCGGCAGCAGCAGCACCAGCAGCAGCACCCGGGGCGGUGAGCGGCUCCGGACCACGGACUCUCUCCGGGCGUCGCAAGCAGCCGCCGAGCCGAGCCCGCGGCGGAGGGCAGCUGGUGGCGGCCGGUGGCUCUAGCGAGGAGGAGGAGGAGCAGGAGGAGGCGGCCCUCCGGAAGGCUUGGCCGCCCGCGCUCGCCCCGCAGCCGGCGCCGCUCGCGGAGUCCCGCCGCCGCCGUCCCCGCCGCCUGACAGCGCCGCCUGCGCCCCGCCGCCAUGAUGCAGAUCUGCGACUCGUACAGCCAGAAGUACUCGCUCUUCAACGCCAUGAACCGCUUCAUCGGCGCCGUCAACAACAUGGACCAGACGGUGAUGGUGCCCAGCCUGCUGCGCGACGUGCCGCUGCUGCUGGAGGAGCUGGACGCGGCGGGCGGCGUGUGCCCCGAGCGGGACCCCGCGCUGCCCCCGGCCAACGCCGGCGCCUACUUCUCCCGCAGGGACAUGUACAGCCACUACAUGCUGCUCAAGUCCAUCCGCAACGACAUCGAGUGGGGCGUGGUGCAGCAGCAGGCGGGCGAGGAGGCCGGCCGCAAGAAGGACAAGCUGAGCGGCGGCCCCGCCGCGGACAUUAGCCGCGGCCUCGCCGAGGAGGGCGAGGCGGAGGAGGACCUGGAGCAGCAGUUCCACUACCACCUCAGCGGACUCCACACGGUGCUCUCCAAGCUCACCCGCAAGGCCAAUGUGCUCACCAACCGAUACAAGCAGGAGAUCGGCUUCAGCAGCUGGGGCCAGUGAGCGCGGGCCGCGCCGCGCCGCCGGCACCGCGGCGGGCGGGGAGGUGAAGAUGGCGGGGGGCGAGCGCGGCCGCGGGGGGAGGGGCGCGGGAGGGCAGCGCGGCGGUGGCGGUUGGGGGCGUUGGGCGGCGCGGGAGGACGAGGCGGCGGCGGCGGCGGCGGCAGCGCCCGGAGCCGGGGCCGGUGGCGGCAGCGGGGCUUCCCCCUGCGGGCGGCGGCCGGCGGCGCUUUCCUGUUUUGCACUACUUUUAUAACGAUGAUAAACGCGUGUGUACAUGAAGCGUAAGGUCUCCUCGCAUGCUCCUAGAACUGCAGUUAUUUUUACCGACGCACAAACAGAGAUGUAAAUUAAUCAGUACUAGUUUUAUUAAUUUUUUUUGUAUGGUCUGGGGUGAGCAGUCGCUGCGCCUCUCUAAAUGGGCAGGCUGAACUUGUACGUGUAUGAGCCGGUUGUGUAGCUGGCCAGUAUGAGGCUGAAAAAAAGCCAAUGAAAAUAACAACACUGGUGUAAAAGUACUCACAUUACCCGGGACGAAGCCCAGUGGACUCGUGAACAUGCCUGUGUCACUGGAAGGAUGAAGGGUUCCCUGGUUGUACAUGUAUGGGAGUUUAUUUAAAACUUUUUUUAUUCAGAUGUAGAGUAUAUUCUAAAAUAAAUGCGAAUGUAUUAGCUAAGUGACUUAACUUUUUUGGUAUGAUUUAUGUUUCUUUAAUUAAAUAAUAUUUUUAACAUCUGAAACUCAUUUGUUGUUCUAAAUUAUUUCCAGCGCUGCCUUACUAGAUACUGGAUAACUUUGUUACAUAUAAAGAGUUUUUUUUCAGAGGGAGCAAUUAGGUAGUGAAGAUAAAUCAGCAUAUCUAAAACUGAUAAAUGACUAUACUUAAUAUAUCAUACACCGCCCGAUUUUUGGGGAGCUAUUUGAAACCAAGUAGUCCUGCUGCUCUGUAUAUAUACUAGGGUAAAAGGUCAGUGCCUCUUUAACAAAAUCCAAGAAGACUGGAGUCAUGGUUACUUUGCAGAUAGUGACUCAAGGAGGUUGGAGAGCAGCCUAGGAAUGACUCUGCUUUUCAGGAGAUAUCUUAAUGUAUUGGGAGGGAGCUCUUUUUUUUUUUUUUCUUCCUCAAAAUAGGGCUGGCACACUUGCCUCCCCGAUUCCUUACAUUACCUUCUCUUCUCUGUAAUCCUCUUCGGUUACUAGGAAUUAAUUGGUUUUACAUUAUCCAAAUCGUACUGAUUUUAUUCUGUGUGCAUUUUUUUUCAUUUGUCGAAGUGCCAUGCCUCAGAAUUGGUUCUCUCUAUAUUGUCUGUUUUGUUUCGCAUACCGUAAAGGCUUGACCUUGAGUGAGUUCUAAUAUUAAAAGUGUACUUAAUCAUUACAGUGAAAUGUGUGCAUAUCACAAGAUCAUAACCAUCUAAUAAAUACAUACUUAA